GCUCAGCUGACUCACUAUGCUGUGUGCAGUGAGAACUGGCCUGUACACAGCUCAGCACAGACUGAUUACCAGUUUUAAACUCUCACACUGAGCAGUCUGUCAGUAUGUCGUUGAGUCCAAGCGGAAAGUCAAAGAUCCCAGCUACCAUUUUGGGGACGAUAGCAUUCGGAGGGAGUGCAGAUGCAGACCUGAGCGGCAAAAUGGUCCAGGCGUUUCUGAAGCGUGGUCACCAUGAGCUGGACACUGCCUUCUUGUACGCAGAUGGACAGUCAGAGACAACAAUAGGAGGCAUGCAAUUUCCCAAGACAGUUAAAAUUGCCACCAAAGCGAAUCCACUGGAAGGCAAUUCACUGAAGCCAGAACGUUUGCGGUUUCAGCUGGAAACCUCUCUGAAGAGGCUUCGGACCCAGAGUGUGGACAUCUUUUACCUGCACUUGCCUGACCACCAGACCCCUAUUCAGGACACACUCCAGGCCUGCAAUGAGCUCUAUAAAGAGGGAAAGUUCAAAGAACUGGGCUUAUCCAACUAUGCCUCCUGGGAAGUGGCUGAAAUCUACUCCAUCUGCAAACACAACAACUGGGUGCUUCCCACAGUCUAUCAGGGCAUGUACAAUGCCACCACACGACAAGUGGAGACAGAACUCAUUCCAUGCUUGCGACACUUCGGCAUCCGUUUCUAUGCGUUCAAUCCGCUCGCAGGUGGUCUGCUUACUGGGCGGUAUCAUUAUGAGGACAAAGAUGGGAAACAACCUGCAGGACGCUUCUUUGGAUCUAAGGUAGCUGCUAUCUACAGAGACAGGUACUGGAAAGAAAGUAAUUUCCAAGCCAUAGCUGGCAUUCUUAAGGCUCUUGAAGCAGCUUAUGGUCCACAGAAGCCAACUCUGACAUCAGCCGCCAUACGCUGGAUGUAUCAUCACUCUCAGCUGAAGGGUGAUCUUGGUGAUGGUGUCAUCAUUGGGAUGUCCACCAUGGAGCAGCUUCAGGAGAACUUGGCAGCAGCUGAAGAAGGCCCUCUGAAGCAGGAGGUCGUGGAUGCAUUCAAGCAUGGCUGGGACCUGGUGGCCCAUGAGUGCCCCAGCUACUUCCGUUUGAUACCGGCUGCAUUUAAGGAUGACUCAUUUACUCUGGCUUUUAAAUGAGCACUUCUACAGUUUUCAUUUUACUAAAAGAUCUAGUAGAAAGUUGUGUCAUUUUAUAAGAAUCUAUAAUCAGAUGAACAAACUUAUUUUAAGACUACAUGCAUAAUUGAUCAUUUACUGUUGAUUCCACCACUGUUACUGACAAUUCAAUCUAAACAUUGUGUGCACACUGUAGUGCAUGUAACAAUAUACAGUUUAUCAGAGGUAAACCACAAAACACACUGUAAACCAAUCUCUUUAGCUUAGAAAUCAUUGUGAAUUAGCACCUAUUUUGGUGAAGAUGAUUUUGAGUUAUCUGUCAUCUGUAAGUAAUACAAAUGGUAAACUGGUGUUGGGUAAUUUACCACAGCAUGACUGAAAUAAAAUGUAGUAAUGUGUGAAAAACA